CUUAAAGGCCAAGAAGUCAAAAAUCUUGCAUUAGAAACUGAAGAUUUGAACUUAAAAGACCGUGUUCAAUAGUUAACUCAAGCACUUGGGUCCAUAAUGUUCAAGUGCCUCACAGGCUCAACUUUAUCUGUAGAUUCAUCGCAUUUAUAAAAAGGAUGCAAGGACCAAAAAUGAUCUAUCCUUAGAUAAACACAAUUACAAAAACUAGACACUUCAGAUUAUGGCAUCUAUCCUACGUUGUGACUGCCUGCUCUCUCCACGUCCUUUCCACCUUGGACCUCUGUGUUUUGUCAUUCAUUCUGUCUUCUCUGUGUAUAUAUAGCCCUGCCCACUUUGGGAAGGGGUGAGGCACCCACCACAUUGAAAUUUGAUCCCCACCUCCAAACAUAUUGUGCUAUUAUAUCAAUGCAAUCACAGACAAAAAUUGCAGAUAAAUAACAACCGGAAAAACUGUUUUCUCCCCGUCAACACAUCACUGUAAAUGUAUAUCUGUAUAAUGUUAAAUCAUAUUACAUGCAGUAAAAUCUAUUGGUUUAACAGCCUGGUUUUGAACGAUGGACAUCCUCUCACAUACCUUUCCUUAAUUUCUUUACUGUGCAAAAAAAAAAGAGUCCACUGUAUUUUUCUCAGUAGUUACCUUUGUGCACAUUAAAAUCAUUACAAUUCACUGGAUUUUCAACCAGUUUCGAGUGAUUUUUAGUUCUGAAAGCAUAUUCUGAUUUCCCAUGAGCCCCCUCUGGUCGGUUAUAACCCUUGAAAAAAAAUCCUGUUAAUGCCCCUGCAUUUGGAUCCUCUCAUUACAUCCUGACACUCUGCUGCAUUUUUUUUUUUUUUAACCUGUCUCUGUCAGUCCACCAAACGCUAUGAAAACCGCAGCAACACAUUUCUGGAGCAGGCUACACCUUUAAGGUGGAGAAAUGAAUAUUUAGUAAAUGGAGUCCACUCAUAUAGUGAGUCACUGCGCUCUCAUUUGCUUGCACACUCUUAAGUAGGGGUUUUCUUUGAGACAACGAGGUGUGCAUGUGUACUUGGAAAGUAGUGCGUUUAAGAAACAAAUAAAUGUGUGGGAAGUUCCUUCAUCUGUGCUAAUCCACCUUUUAUAGUGAGUGCUAGUAGUUGUUCUGUUUUUUUUUUCAAUGAAAUCAGUCCACAGUCAAAGCAUGUGGGUUAUCGUGUGCUCGUCCACAGCAACUGACACUGCCCUCAGUGCUCCCCUUUUAUCUGACUGAUGGAGUAAAAUCACACGACUGGACCCCAGAGACCCCCUCCUCCUCCUCCACCUCCCAUCCGCGCGCUGAUCGGCAUUGAUACAGCAGCUCCGGUAGGGGCGGGGCAGCACUGCAGCAGUGCGCCUCUCGAGCUGUCUCCGGUAAUGUUCCAUAGGAUACGCACGCCCCGCUCCGCCCCUGCCGCGAGACAGGUGGUCGGACUGUACGCCUUCAUCCUCCAGCGCUCCCUGUUAGACUAAGAAGGAGGAAAAAAAUCCGUUGACAACAGGGAAAGGGUCGGUCGGCGCGAGCGCGUCCCCGAUGGACUUCCAGCGUGUGACCUCCGCGAUCACCGGGCGGACAGCAGGAGAGGGGGGCAACAACGGGAACGCACGAGGAGAGCCCCGCCGAUUUACUCCCAAAUGUUUUGCAGCGGAUUACUCGAGAUGCCGUUCGCGGGAGAGGGUGUGCCGACGGGGGAAUGAGAUGCGCGAGUAAAAAAGUUGACACGAUUUCUGGUGGGGAUUUUCAUCUGCGAGGCGGCGGGAUCAUUUCUGACUAUCCUCCGGGCUGGGAAGUUCCCCUGGGGGGCUUCGUUAUGGCUUCAGGCGCCGGUAAGGCUGCACAGCCCCCGGGCCGGGCUCCGCCGUUAACGGGACUGCGGCAGAGUUCUCCAACAUCGAGCAGGAGCUGUACGACUAUCAAAUGCACAGCAAGAUGUGCAAGAAGAUCGCUCAGCUCACCAAGGUGAUUUAUUCUCUGAACAUGAAGAAUGAGGAGCAGGAGGCGGCCCUGCAGGCGUUGAGCAACGCCCACCACGACGAGCUGCACCGGAUCCUGAUGGAGACGUGCCACGAAGGGGAGGGGUCAGCCCUGAGGACACGCCUCCUGGAGCUGCAGGAAUCUCUGGAUGAGCAGCAGCGAGUCGGGGCCCAGGUGCGUGCAUGUGUGCAGGCGGACUUUGAGUUCUUCCGCAUCCAGGCGGAGGAGAGGGAGCGUGAAACGGAAGCGGAGCUGAGAAAAGAGUUUGAGGAAAAGCUCCAGGCUGCGCAGGAAAACCUCCAGGAGGCCAAGGCCCAGAUCAGUGUUGCCCAGGAGGAAAACCUGAGACUGAGCAAAGAACUGGAGAAUGCUGAGGAGCAGAUCCAGCAACUAGAUGACAAAUGCGAGGAGCUCCAGAAAACAGUCGUUGAUGAGGAGAAAAACAGGAAGGAGGAGGAUAGGCAAAGAGAAGAUGAGGAGGAAAAGAAGAAGGAGGAGGAGGAGAGGAAAAUGGAGCAGUGCGAGGAAAGGAUUAAAGCCCUCCUGGAGGAGCUAAAGGCACUAAAGGAGGAGAGGGAUCGAGCGGAGGAGGAGAAGAGGCGAGCCGUGAAAGAGGAGCGGGAGCAAUGGGAGCGAAAGGUGAACGAUCUAAACGAGGAGAGAGAGGAAAUGAGGAAGAAGAUAGAGGCGGAGUGGAGGGAAGAGCGGCAGAGGUGGGAGGAGAGGGAAGAGGAGGAGAAGAAAGGGAUGCACAGCGCUCUGCGGGAGAGGGUGAAGAGGGCCGAGGCAGAGGUGGAGAGUCACCUGGAGAGGCUAGCCGAGAGCAAGAGAAACACAGUGAAGCUGCAAGAGCGAAUACAGGACCUGGAGGAGGAGCUGGAGCUGGAUCGCAGGCGUGUGUCCGAGGCCGAGGGCGUGGCCAAGCGGGCUGAAGAGGAGCUCGCUGUAGCUAAGGAGCGUCUGCUGCUGCAGGAAGACGAGCUGCAGAGCAGAGCAGAGGAGCUGCUGAAUCGAGGAGGCUGCGAGGUGUGUGUGUGCGCUGAAAUGGAGGAGCUGAGGAGCCAGGUGAGCCGUCUGCAGAGCAGGAACAGAGAGCUGGAGCUGCAGAGCAGCGGCCGCAACAGCGACCACGCCAGGCAGAUACGCCAGCACGCUGAAGCACUGUCCAGUUUGCGCUCAGAGAUGGUGAGAGCCCAGACAGAAGAGCUGCGUCGCAUUCAGAAGCACGCGGACGACGAGCGGGACAAACUGCAGAAGGAGAUCCAAAAAGAACGAGAGAGCCUGCGGAGGGAGCGGGAGCAGGAGAGGGAUCAGUUCGAGAAGGAAAGGAACCGAAUACGGCGAGAAAGAGACGAGGAAAAGGAAGCGCACCACAGACAGCUGGAAGAGGUCAAGGAUCGCGUGAGGAGAGAGAAGGAGGAAGAGGUGGACCGCCUGCGCAAAGAGCUGGAAGUGGAGAGGGUCCGCAUUCGUUCCCAGCUCGACAAGAACAUCGAACAGGUCGAGGUGGAGAGAGCCGGCGUGCAGCUGAAGCUGGAGGAGGAGAAGAAGAGGCUGGCGGAGAAGGCCGAGGAGGACAGGAAGCGACUGAAGGAGCAGGUGCGGAAGGCGAUAGAGGAGGUGAUGAGGAGACACGCGGCUGAAUUAAACGGCGUCCAAGAAGCUCUGAGCUCCGAGAAGAAAACCAACCAAGAGGUGUGCGUGCGUUUGGAAGAGGAGAGGAGAGCUGCUGAGGAGCUACGCAGCAGGAUGGAGAAAGAAAGAGAGGAGCUGAGGACGAAACUGAAAGAUGCCACCAGUGAGAUCUGUAGGUUGGAGUCACUGAUCCACCAUAAAGACAAGAAAGACAAGGCGACCCCCGAUGCUCCAUCCUCGUGUGGAACGCAGUGCUCCCGUCUGGAGGAAGAGCUCCAUCAGGCUCGGAGUCGACUGGCUCGCAUUCAGGACGAGGCUGAGAGGCAGCGGGACAGGCACCAGAGAGAGAUCGCAUCCCUGAAAGCUGACAAGCAUCGGCUGGAGGAGAAAGUCCUGGAGCAGAGUCGUAUGAACACGGAGAGGAAUCUUCUAGAGCAAAACCAGAAGCACACGGAAGACCGGAUCAGGGCGGAGUGCGAGGAUCGUCUCAGAGCAGAGUUCAGGAUAGAGAUGAACGCCGCCGUCGCCGAGAGCGAGCAGAGAUGGCAGAGCCGGGAGGAGGAGCUGCAGGCUCAGAUCUCUGAGCUGCAGGGUCAGCUCACCGAGCUAGAGUCGCAGGAGCCCCAAACGCAGUCGCUAGCCGAAGAGAGACACAGUCAUGCCAUGGCGCUGCAGGCGUUAGAGAGACGGGCAAAAGAAGAGCUGCUGUCUGAGAGGAACAGACUUCAGACAAUGCACCACCUGGAGCUGGAUAAGCAGCGAGCAGAGCUGACCCAGCAGCACACGGAGUGGAGCAGACAGAUGACCCAGAGACACAUGCAGCAGAUAGAAGACCUACAGGCUCAACUACAGGCGCACACACAAAUGAUGGCUCUGCAACAGGACCUGAAGCAGCAGAACCAGUACCAGGUGUUUGAGCGACAGCUGGAUGAGAGUCGCUGCGCCAUGCUGGAGCUGCAGAGAGAAAACGCAGCACUGAAGAAGCAGUUAAAGGAAAGCUCAGUGCAGAAGAAUUCAGAGGCAGAAGAGAAAGAAGAGGAAAGCGCAGAAAUAAGGAAGAAGAGGGACGCCCAGCUGGAAGAAGAAGCACAACGUCUGAAGGAGGAGGUGGAGAAGCUGAGAGUGGAAAUGGAGAAACUCGAGGAGUCGCAGAAGCACUGGGACGAGAGAAAAGAGGACGACAUCAAAGAGGAGGAGCUGGACGAGGAAAAGAGAAAGGAGCGGGAGGAGGAGAAGAGGCGAGAGGAGGUGGAGGAGAUCAGGAGGGAGCACAAGAGGGAGAUGCAGAGUUUGGUGUCCGAAUACAGCAACGCGCAGAGUCACCUGCAGGCGCGAAUCGUGGCCUUGGAGAACGAAUUUAACUGCAGGCUGCGAGAGCGGGAGGAGCGCUGCAGGCGGAGGGAGCCUCGAUGUGACGACCUGCAGCUGGGGAGACUCCAGGAGAGGCUGACGGAGAGAGACCAGCUCAUCAAACGAUUAGUGGAAGAGAGGCAUCAGCUGCAGCUCCACCCUCCUGUUGCCGGGGACAACAGUAGCCUCGGGCUCCGUGACAGCAAGUCCCGCCCCGGGAGCGUCACGCCAACCACAAUGAGGAAAGGUGCCGAGUCGCCUCCUCGUGUCACCAGCAUCUCCACAGCCGGCACUUACAACAGGAGCAUCUUUGUGCCCCACUCCUCCUCCUCCUCGUCUUCCUCCUCACCCUCCGUCCAUCAGCACUCCUCCUCAACCCUCCCCCACCAGUCCUCCUCCCACCCUCAAACCUCGCCCCACUACUCCACCUCCUCCCUCCCACACAAACACACGUCCCUCCCCCUCACCCAGCAUUCCUCGCCCUCCCUCUCUCGCUCCGCCAGAACCCGGACCUCCUGCAUCCCACCGACCCCGGCGCCGACGGCACCUCUCCCCGUCUGCCCUCGCCUCAGACGGGCAUCCGAUACGUGUCCCCCUCCUGCCUGGACCCACACGUACACCUGCAGGCCCACUCAAUCAGGGGGCCAUACCUGGAGCAGAGGGGGACAGAAGGGCUGAAGCAGGAGUGGUUCACCAAAUACUUCUCCUUCUGAGCACAAAUGCAUACAAGCAUACAGACACACACACACACAUACAACAGCUGCAGGUACAUCUCAUAUCCACUUCAUUGCUUCUUAUACACAUCUGUUUGCUUCCCAGACUCAAAAACACACACACACACACACACACAAACAGAGAACCUUGAAAACAGACAACCACAACAGACAUAUGGGCUCAUCACCAGCAAGGCCAUUUCAAACAUUGCCUCAAAGCUCAACCAAAAAGUGCUUCUCAAACACAUGCCUGACCUCUUCUCAGACAUUGGCCUGCCGGAUCUUGUUUGUAUAGUUUGGAAUGUCGCCAUGUUUUUUUUUUAAAGGACGUCUUCCUUUUUUAAUGCAACUGUUGCCCUAAUCCCAUCGUGUAACGAUUCCAGGCAGGUGUUCAUUAAGAAAAAG